GUGCAUGUGACUAAAUAACAAGCCGGAAGGUACGUUAAAUCUCAAAACAAAAUAAAAACAAAAGACAAUCUGGCCACACUGUUAUAAUUGUUUGUCUUUUAUUACGUUAUUGAAAUAUUUGCAUUUGAAAAAGCGAAAAUAAUUAAAGGAGAAUAAAAUGUCGACGAGAACACCGAUGAGGAGGCAAGUAAGCACGCCUUUGUCGCAUAGGCAGAUGAAUGAGCUGCGUAGAGAUAACAUCGGCGGUGCCAAGACUAAAACUAUGUUCCAAACGGCGAGGAGGGCUUUGCAAAGACCCUCAAUCACGUCAAGACCUCCCAGUGCCAAGUCCCUCGUCGAUUCGCCAAGAAUUGCUAGGAGGCAGGAAAAGGUCAAAUGUAAGCGUUCCAUCUCCCUCCAGAACCUUUCGCAGGACUUCCAGAAGAAGUUGACGCUUAGGAGAAAAAACUGGAGUAAAGACACGGCGACUGAGAUUAUAAGCAAUCCCUGUCAGAAGAUGAACGCACAAGACGACCGCACUACUAUCCUGCUGCUAAAAUCCUAUUCAAGAUUCUUGAAGAACUCGUGGAGAAAGGCAAAAGACCGCCAGAAAGAUGAACACGACAAACUGGUCGCAGCUGAAGCAAAGAUUGAAAACAUGGAUGUUCAGAUAAGUGCCCUCAAAAAUUUCUUGACAGGGGACCGAGAGAUCAUUACAAACUUGACUAACCAACUGGUACAGAUCAAACAGUUCUUAAACGACUCGAAGGCGGACAAUUCAAAAUUGCAAGCUGAAAAGAAUUUGCUUCAAGCCUCUGUUGAUAAAAUGACGGAGAAAACGGCAUCCAACGAAUUGGAAAUAAUGAACCUGAGAAAUGUAUGUCAAACGGCACAAUCCGAGGCUCAAGCAUACGAACAGCAGCUAAAGAAGGAAAGGGAGAAAAUUGCUGAGCUCCGGUUGGAAGCGAUUCAGCUAUCAGGAAAAAUUGUCGAAACGAAGAAAGAAAGUUACGCGAAAGAGCUAGAAUUAAUUAAAAUGGCUAACAUGGUUAAAAGAAAGGAAAUUGAAUUAACAGAAAAGAAUAAAUUAAUAUCAAAGGCGGAAGAAAACGCAGCGGAAAAUCUCGAAAAGUUUAGAGGGGCAUCGGACAAGAUCACCAACUUGGAAAACGAAGUCCUCUCUUUGAUCCUCAGAAACGAAUCGCUUUCCAAAGAGAUUAGCGAACUGGAAAAGACUUCUAGCGAGAGGAGCCAGACCUGCGAGAUUCUCGAGAGCACCAUACAGCAAAACUAUGUCACAAUCAUAGAGAUGAACACCGCCUUGGAAGCAGUCACGGCAUUAUCGUGGAAGUCCAAGUUUUACUCGGCGAUAAACACCAUGCUACAAGUGCCCAUAUGGGCCCUGACCAUGGGCGGCUCCCCCCACGUGUUCUAAGUUUAGGAGUGGAUCUUGGCCAGCCAUUUUUAUACAUUUUUUGUACAUACCAUUUGUUAACAGCAUAGCAGGCACAAGAAUAAAAUUAUUAUUUUUCAUUUCAA